AUGGAGAUGGCAAAGACGCUAAAGGAGGUUAAAGGUCAGUUGUCAUCCACUUGCAUGUCAAUUUCCGGAUUUGAUUACGAUUUGGGUAAACUUUGGGUUCUGAAGUCUUUGAUUUUUGUUUCGUUUUGGGUUUUAUUCUCGAUCGAGGGAAGGGAGAACGAGGUCGCAGCGAAAGAAUUACCGGCGAUGGACGCGGCGGCGGCGGUUCUGGGUACCACCGGCGUUGAGGGGUUCCGAUUGAUUUUCUGGUUUCUUUUAUUGCGAGGAAGGGAAAGGGGAAAGCGAACAGAGGAGGAAGUGAGGUCACCGCCGGCGAGCACUGGCGGUGUCGCCGACGGCUGA